UGGGCCCGCGGCAUGUCACGGCCGCGCGACGUCGAACUGGUGCCGCUCAAGUCGGCGCUCGCCCGUGACGAUCAACAUGCGAGGGCGAAACCAGUGCCUGUGUCUAAAAGGUUGCUGGCAAACAAAAAAACUCCGACUGCCCCCACGGCAUUGGUGGCACUAUGCGGCGCGCCGCCCCCCUCCCGCCGCCGCGAGGAGCGCGCCGCCAUGGACAACCUGCGGAGGAAGGUUGCCCCGGCACUACUGCACCACAAACGCGCAGCACACAACAACAACGAAGUAGUGGACAACGAACCGGAGAAGCUGGACAACAGGCCUAAACUACUACAAAAGGUCCUCCAAACGAAGCCAGUGAGCAUGGUGGUGCAGUGGAGCGAGAUCCGGACAGCCUGGCAGGACAGCGACUUCAUCACCGAGUGCCUGUGCUGGCACAACGUGUACCGCCAGCGGCACGGCGCGCCGCAACUCUACAUGGCCCCGGAGCUAUGCGACUACGCGCAAGCCUGGGCUAACCAUCUCGCUCACACCAACAAAUUCUGCUACAGGAACGACAGGGACGUCGGCCAGAACCUCUACCAGCGGCCGGUGAGCGCGCUGCAGCCUGACGUCACAGGACAAGAAGUAUCGUCGUAUUGGUACGCAGCAGUCCGUCAGUACAGCUUCUUCAAAGAAGCAGAUAUAUUGCAUGCCAACGUCAAUGCAGGUCAUUUCACUCAAAUGGUAUGGGUGGCGACUCGAUUCUUCGGCGUUGGCAAAGCGCGGUCCCGCGCGGGCAAAGUGAUCGUCGUUGCCAACUAUUCGCCUCCAGGGAACUACUCGGGGCAGUUCGAGACAAACGUCCUCCCACCGCUGCCCGAGAACAUGCCCGACGUCCCCAUACCGGAGCACUGACAAUUCUCUAUAAAGGGUAGGAGGUUUCAGGCUGACGUGAGGAUGAAGAAAUAGGUACAGAUGUAGUGCAUCAUUAUUUACCAUCGUAUUUUCACGGAAACUUACGAACGUGUCUUGCUAUUUCAGUCAGUCUCGGUACAAAAAGUAAUGAGGUUGACUGAACUAGCAUGACACAUACGAAAAUUUCCGAGAUAAUAUUAU